AAGAAAAGCGAUGUCAUCCAUGAUCCUUCCUCCAAAACUGCGCGAGUUCGUCUUCGCCUUCAUGGAGCGCUUCCAUGAUCGGCGCCGUCACCACCACUGCCCACCCCUUCUACACGCCCGAGAUUUUCAAGCAGUUCAAGGCUUCCAAUGCCAAGCUCAUCAUCACUCAUUCCCAGUUCGUCGACAAGCUUCGAGAAGCUCCUGCCGACGGCGCCGCCCCCGACCAAAAUAACUACCCGAAACUUGGCGAACACUUUAAAGUUGUCACAGUGGACGAUCCUCCAGAGAAUUGCUUGCAUUUCUCGGUGAUCUCGGAGGCCAACGAGACGGAGCUUCCGGAGGUGGUGAUCGAUCCGGAGGACCCAGUAGCGUUACCAUUUUCUUCGGGGACGACGGGGCUGCCCAAGGGUGUGAUUCUAACGCACAAGAGCUUGAUCACCAGCGUGGCCCAGCAGGUGGACGGGGAGAAUCCAAACCUGUACUUGAAGGAAGACGACGUGGUACUGUGCGUGCUGCCGCUGUUUCACAUAUACUCGCUGAACAGUGUGAUGCUGUGCUCGCUGAGAGCAGGGGCGGCAGUGCUGGUGAUGCACAAGUUUGAGAUCGGGACACUGCUGGAGCUGAUACAGCGGUACCGGGUGUCGGUGGCGGCGGUGGUGCCACCGCUGGUGAUAGCAUUGGCGAAGAAUCCAAUGGUGGCGCAGUUCGACCUGAGCUCGAUUAGAGUGGUGUUGUCGGGAGCGGCGCCGCUGGGAAAGGAGUUGGAGGAGGCGCUCAAGAGCCGAGUCCCUCGGGCAGUCUUGGGUCAGGGAUAUGGGAUGACUGAAGCAGGGCCGGUGCUAUCGAUGUGCUUGGCAUUCGCAAAGGAACCGUUGCCAAGCAAGUCAGGGUCAUGCGGGACGGUGGUUAGAAAUGCAGAGCUCAAGGUCAUUGACGCUGAAACUGGUUGCUCCCUUGGCUACAACCAACCCGGCGAGAUUUGCAUCCGCGGCUCUCAAAUCAUGAAAGGGUAUUUGAAUGAUGCGGAGGCAACGGCAACGACGGUGGAUAAGGAGGGGUGGCUUCACACUGGUGACGUGGGUUUUGUGGAUGAUGAUGAGGAGGUUUUUAUUGUGGACAGAGUGAAGGAGCUCAUCAAAUUCAAAGGCUUUCAAGUGCCACCAGCUGAGCUGGAGUCCCUACUUGUGAACCACCCAUCCAUUGCAGAUGCAGCCGUCGUUCCGCAAAAAGAUGAGGCUGCUGGUGAAGUUCCUGUUGCAUUUGUGGUUCGAUCCAAUGGUCUUCAACUUACUGAAGAGGCUGUAAAAGAAUUUAUAGCAAAACAGGUGGUGUUUUACAAGAGAUUGCACAAGGUGUACUUCAUCCAUGCCAUUCCAAAGUCUCCCACUGGAAAGAUAUUGAGAAAAGACCUGAGAGCCAAGCUAGCCACACCAACCCCAUUGGCCUAAUGGCCUUUCUAUAAUUAAGCAGACGUCGUGUACGUUUUUGUACAUCAACCAAUUCAUGAAUCGGUGCUUCUUUCUUUAAAUUAAAUCAAAUUGCUUGUUUGCUGCAGUAAAGCAGGCAUUAUUAUGAUUUUUUUUUCUUUGAAUAAUAAUGCAAACAGCUCCAAGACGCAUGCAGUCCCUUAAUUUCCUUAAUUGUAACAAUUAAUUCAUCUUGUGGCCGUCUUUGUCUUUAUUUUAUUACUUAAUUUAAUUAUAUUAUAUCAUUAUAUGUUGUGCUC